GUGGAGCAAGCCGGGAACGGCUCCGAGUGCCUCUCGGUGCAGUGCGACCAGUUCAUCCAGGUCGCCACGCAGACGGGGGCAGAGACGCGCAUCGUCGUCCCGUAUUCGAUCCUCAAGGCGAAGAUCGCAGUCCGUUUCCACGUUCACUACGCCAACGCGGCCGAAUCCCUCCAGAUCGUUAGGAGCCUCUGGGAGGCCAGGUCUCUGAGCUACUCAGAGGCCGACGCCGUGGUCAAGCGCGUGCUCGCCGAGGCGACGGCCUGCGUUCAGUUCGACAGCAGCCGCCUCGGCCACCGCGAGAGCGCGCUGCUGCAGGAGGCCCACGUGUGGGUGCGCCGCGUCAAGCCGCUGCUGCACGUGCGGGGCAUGCUGCAGGUCUCGGACCAGGCGGUAUACUUCCAGCCGCACCCCAACUUCUCCUCCAAGCCGGUGAAGCGCGUGCCUCUCGGGGACAUACUGCACGUCUUCCGGCGCGUGCACGGGGUGCAGGCCAACGCCUUGGAGAUCAUCACCGUCGACGGGGGCUGCCUCUACCUUUGCUUCGAGUGCCACAGGGACUGCGACGUCAUCGCAGACAUCCUGAAGGACUUCCUUCAUCCCUCCGAGCACCGCGGCAAGGGCUCCGGGGCCACCUCCAGCUCCGGCGCUGCGCGGCCCGGCCCGCCGCAGCACCUGCAGGACGACGCGGAGGAGAUCACCCGCGACGUCCGAAGGAUGACCGCGCUCUGGCAGAGCGGGUUGCUGUCGAAUUUCCACUACCUGGACUUCCUGAACUGCGCGGCGGGAAGAUCGCGCAACGAUUUUUCGCAGUACCCACGGACACAAGCGGGACCCUGA